CAAAAAUAUUGAAAUCAUAAAUGUUAGCGAAGAUGAAAGUAUUGAAAUCAUUGAUAUUAGUAAAGAUAUUGAAUUCAUGAAUGUUAGUGAAGAUGAAGAUAUUGAAAUCAUUGAUAUUAGCAAAGAUAUUGAAAUCAUGAAUGUUAGCGAAGAUGAAGGUAUUGAAUUCAUUGAUAUUAGUGAAGAUAUUGAAAUCAUUGAUAUUAGCGAAGAUAUUGAAAUCAUAAAUAGCGAAGAUAAUAACAUUGUAAAUCUUAGCGAAGAUAUUAAAAUUAUGGGCAUUAGUGAUUAUUAG